UAUAAGUAAGUCUAUGUAAUAUUUAAUAUAAUAAAAUAGAACGAAUAUGGUGGUGAACGUAUUAUAAAAAGGGAGAAAUAGAAAAAGUAAGGGUCGGACUAUCUUAUGAAUAUAUCGAAAGACGUCACACAAUAGCGGUUGCACUGCGUGACAUCGAGCCACGCGCUCGUCUUCUCCCUCUCCUCCUACGCAUUUAUUCUUUCCCUCGUGUUAGUAGUAGUCGUCGUGGUCUCUUCGGUCCGUUCGGUAAAAAGCUUGUGCUCCUCUCUUGUGAACUCAAGUGGCAGGAAAAGCUUAGUCGUUCACGGGCCGUGCUCGAGUACAGUUCGAGAUUGAUUUUACGCGAGUCCCUUUCUCUUUUUUCUCUCUCUCUCUCUCUCUCUCUGUCUGUCUUUCUUUCUCCCUUCUUUUCACUUUUUUCUUAUUUAUUUGUCUUUUUUUGAAAAUGCCAUUUUUUAUUCCUUCCCCCACCCCCUAUUAGUACUGCCUUGACAUGUGAAAUUCAUAUUUCGAUCCUUUUUUUUUUAAUUUCUUUCGUUAUUUUUGUUAGUCUUGCUUUUUAUGUUAAUUUAUUUUUUAUUUAUUUUUCCUUCUCCCGUCUUUUCUUUUUUUCUUAUAUUUUUUUUUUUUUACCUACUUUGAAUCCUUGUUUCCUUUUCGAUCGGAUGAUUUCGCACGCGAUGAGGUGAAGAAAAGAGAAAGAAAAGGUAGUUGGUUAGGAGCACGAAAGACUUUCCUCGAGCAAGGAUUCGCAUUCAACGAUGCUGGCAAUAAAAGCACUUGUGAUCAUUCUCCCUGUCAUCGUUGUUGCCAAUCCCCUCUUCGAUGUUGCUCAAGAGAUGUCCUGCUGUUCGUCGGCUGCCGGAUCCUGUCGAAGCGUUUGCUCGAAGAUUCCACUAGUAACUUUGGGAGCAGACCCUGAAGCAAGAAAAAAUGCAACUUCACGUUUUUUAGAAUUCUGUUCCUUUGAGUUGAUAGAUUUUUGGACCUGCGUUAACUUCACUUUGGAGGAAGUGAAGAAAAAUGAAAAUUGGACAGGUAGAAAGUGUUGUCAUUUGGCACAAAAUCCAAUAUGUCAGACGACUUGUGCUGUGUCAGGGUCCAGAAGUAACUUGAGUGAAUCAUGUAGACCUAGCGACGAGCCGGAACUAGUUUCUUGUUUGGAAAGACGCGAAGAAGCAGAACGUUGUUGCAGUACUGUUUCAAAUGACACAUGUAGAUCAGUUUGUAAGGAUUUAUUCCACAAACCUGGAAAACGAUCGAGUUUAAAGUUAUAUAAUAGCAAGGGUUGUUUUCAUCAAAUACCAAAGUGUCUCAAAAACGUAGCCGAGGUUAGGCGUGUCGACGAUCCCAAACAAUAUUUGCAUUGUUGCGAUGAAGCGACGAAUGCAGCAUGUUCAGAUACAUGUCGGAAAAUUCUCCAAACAGCAACGACCGAUCAGGAAAUUUUGGACGCUCUUGCAGAAAAAUGUAGUCCCAUAUUGCCUCAUUCGCCAUUGUGGAGUUGCGUAUUGAAAUCAACUCCAACGAAACCAAUACGUUUACCAUUGGACACCGGUAAACUUUCCUGUUGUUCAAGAGCAACUAAACAACGUUGUCAGAAUCUUUGCUGGAGGGCAUUUCAAGCCGAUUGGGAAACAGCUUGGUCUCAACUGGAUUCCGAGUGUCUUUCUUCAAACUUGGAUAACGAAUUACGAAGAUGUCUCGAUGAAGCUGAUAAUUCUUGUGAAAUGGGAUGCUCUGGUCUUUCUUAUUGUGCACGAUUUAACGACAGGCCGACUAUGCUGUUCAGGACGUGCACAGCUGCAGCAGAUGAUGCUGCCAAGUGGGAGGCAGAUCAUUGGUCUCGCGGUGGUAUCAUUCGAGGACUUGGCGUUGCUGUUCAAAUAGCAUCAUCCUGUCCACCAGAAACUUUACGCGCUGCAGCCUGCCUUUUGCAAUUACGACCUUGCGAGGCAAGAAUACACGAGACACGACUAUGUCGAGAGGAUUGUUUAGAAUUGAUGGCUAAUUGUGUAGAUUGGUCUACUAUCACAGGAUCUCAUACGGCUGCAACUUUAUGUUCAAAGCUUUCACCAAGUAGACCAGAUGCUCCAUGUGUUUCUUUAAAGCCUUUUCUUGAGAAUCCACGGGAUGACAAUUCUGUGAUUAAUCCGCAGGACGAUAUUACGACACCAUGUAAAAAUAAUCCUUGUCCUCAAGGUCAAAUAUGUCUUUUAACCGUAAACGAACGUGAAACUUAUCGUUGCGUACCUGGCUGUACUCUGGGAGAAAUAUCAAAGCAAGUAGUACCACUUUCUUCGUGGGUUCAAAUUCCAAGAUAUGAUAAACACGGUUGUCUCAGGAUAUGUCAAUGCACGUUACAAGGAUUGGAGAAAUGUAAAAAAUUGAAUUCCAUCAAUUUCGAAUUUUGUUGGGUACAAGAUCGUUUUAUUCCAUCGAGAUCGAACUUUUAUCUCGAGUGUAAUCUUUGUCGUUGUUUCGAGGGAGAAGUUACUUGCUCGAGAAAAUCAUGCACUGAAAUUAAGAUACCCUCUUUACCAUGCGAUUGUCCGGCUCAUUAUGUACCAGUUUGUGGAAAGUCAGGCUACACUUUUGCAUCGGCAUGUUUAGCUAAGUGUGCUGGUUUUACCGCGAAUGAAGUUGACUUUGGUAGAUGUUCCAGUCGGGAUCCAUGUUUUCCAAAUCCUUGUAACGGUACAGAUAAAUGCGUAAGAAGGCGUAGAGUUUGUUUAACAUCGAUUCACAAAUUUUGUCAACAAUACGAGUGCGUACCAAUAGAUUGCAAUCCUCGAGAAGAAACUAGUGGUCCGGUCUGCGAUAAAGACAAUCGUCAGCAUCAUUCGAUUUGUGCUAUGAUACGAGCUGGGGCUAGUCUUGGCUAUAGAUCUCCUUGUUUGAAGGGUUGCAGUCUUCGGGGACCGGUUUGUGGUAUCGACGGUGAAGUAUACAUCAAUGAAUGUGCUGCCUGGGCAGAGAAAACUGUUGUAGAUUAUUAUGGUCCAUGUGUUACCGUUGGCUUGAUAAGUGAUGAAGCAAAGCCUCGAUGCGGUGAUAUUGUUCAAUGUCCAUCUUUGAAGGAGCCCAAUUGUAUCGGCGUUACUCCACCUGGUGCUUGUUGUCCUGUAUGUGGCGGAGCUGCCAGAUUAUAUUAUUCGAAAAAACAGUUGGAUAAAAUAUAUCACAUGAUGGAUGAAGAAAUUGAUAAAGACUUCGUCACAUUGGAUGCUCUUUUAUCUGCAUUAAGACGACAAGUACAAGUAGCACAGUGUGCACUUCGCGGUAUGGUAACUCUCGAGGGUGAUAUUUUCGUUGUAGUACAAUCUGUGCUUGAAAAACCUUCGUCUUUACAAUUACGAGCUUGCGUAGCGGAAAUGGAAAAACUCGUUGUUAGAAUUACGGAGAGAAGUUCUAAAAUUGCAGCAGAAGUUCCUUUGGGAUCGCUUACUCGAGCAGAAUUGGCACAUAAUCAUAUUGCUAGUGCUAACGUUAAUCGUGUUUGGUUUCCUAUAAUCGCGUGCAUGAUCAUAUUCAGUAUUUUUACAUGAGCGAUUAGAAACUAACAAAGCAUACACAGAAAAAAAGAAAAAUUGUAUUAAUUGCUGUUACGAUUUACGUACCUUCGAACGAACAGA